GACAAAAUCUUAACCUUUUUAUUUUUAUGAUCAUUUCAUAUACUUGACACUACUUUUUUUUUAAUUUAGAUUUCAUGGGAUCUAUAUUAGCGUAACAUACUUAAAAUGAACUGCUUGUUUAAAACGCUAAAUACGCUAAAUAUCCGCGUACCUAUUCAUAAUUUGCACACUACAGCGCCCACUGCUGCGUGGACUAAACCAAAUAAUCCCCAGAAAUUUAUCAGUUACAAUAGAAAAAUAUACCCACCUCAAGAUCCCAAUGAGGAGCCAAGGCCAGCUUUUGUUUGUCAUCAAAAGGCAAAUAUUAAAUACAGUCCAGAAAAACUCUGGUACAUUGCUGCCUUUGUAAGAGGAAUGACAGUAGAUGAAGCCUUAAAACAAUUGAGCUUUAUACAUAAGAAAGGAGCAGGUUUUGUGAAAGAUACAAUACUAGAGGCACAAGAACUUGCAGUUUCUAAACAUAAUGUUGAAUUUCGGAGUAAUUUGUGGAUUGCUGAAUCAUUUAGUGGAAAAGGUCCAGUUAUGAAGGGCAUAAGAAGACAUGCAAGAGGAAGGCUAGGUGAAGUGCGUUACAAAUACAGUCAUUAUUUUGUCAGACUCGAAGAAGGAAAGCCUCCUGAAGAUUACUAUAAGAAAAAUCCAUUAAAACCUCAACAACAACUUGAUAAAUGGCUUGAACAGAUGAGGAUGAGGAAAAUAAUAAAUUCCUUUUAGAUUGUAAUAGUGUACUUGUAGUUAAUCAAAAAAAUAAAUAAUAGUUAUAUAAA